CUCUUUGUUACUGAUUGCUGCUGGGGAAUAUCUCUAAGCUGUUGCUAUAUAUUAGGCUACAUUUUUCUCUCUGGUAGUGCAAUGUUGGGGGCCAAGAUGUUCCUUGUGCUGAUCUAUCUGACAGCCCUACGUUUAACAUCUAUCAGUUCUCAGAUUCAGAGCAAGAAACCUGCCUGUCAUCUGGAGAUCAUAAAAACAUUUGAGGAUUAUGAGUAUAUGAAGGAAGGAGACAUUAUGAUUGCAGGGGUGUUAACUGUGAAUACCCUCAUAGUGUCAUUUGAAUAUCCAAUGGGAUUAUAUGAUGCUAUGCUGUGUGUUGGUGCUCUUGCAAAGAAUUACAGACAAUUUGUUGAUUUCCUUUUUGCUAUUGAGCAAAUUAAUAAUAAUUCAGACCAGUUACCCAACCUGACUCUGGGAUACCAUAUAUACGAUUCCUGUGGGGAUGCAAGAAAGGCUGUGAGGAGUGUAUUCCAAAUAUUAUCUGGUAUCAAUGAGCCUGUUCCCAAUUACUCCUGUGUGGAUAAGAGAAACAUUGCUGGUUUUAUUGGGGAUCUCAGCUCAGAGACAACUGUGCCCAUAGCCCAAGUCCUUAAUGUGUAUGGUUAUGCACAGAUCAGUUAUGGAGCUACAGACCCAUUGCUCAGUGACAGAGUCGCCUUCCCAUACUUUUUCCGGAUGGUACAAAGUGAUCAUGGUCAUUAUUUGGCUUUGAGCAAGUUACUGAAAUAUUUUGAAUGGACGUGGAUUGGAAUUAUUCAAUUUAAUGAUAAUAGUGGAGAAAAACAACUUCAACUGCUGACCAACUACCUGACCAUGGAAGGAAUAUGUGUUGAGUUCAAAAUAAAGCUGAGCAAUUACAUUAAAGAUACUCCAAUGUAUAAAAUGCAUAAGGAGAUCAUCCAGAAAUCCUCCACCAGUGUGAUUAUACUUUGUGGAACGGCUUCUGUAACUUUUGUUGAGACAUUCAGAAACCUGACAGAUGUGUUCCGUAAAAAGACCUUAAUUAUUUCUUCUACUGUAACAGCCAAUCACAAUCUUAUGGAUUAUUAUUUAGAAAUAUUCCAUUGCAGUUUGGGAUUUGUGCAGGAAUCAGUAUAUUCUCUCGAUAGUCCAAAGAUGAGAUCAUUUCUACAGAGUUUCCAUCCGCUGAGAUACCCAGAAGACAAAUUACUGGAACAUAUUUGGAUGCAAUAUCAUUUCUGUUUGUCAGAAGAUGCAAGUAAAAAUGAUUUGUAUGAAAACGUUUAUAAAAUCACACUUCACAACUGUACAGGACAGGAUAAUCUGACAGACAUUCUCAGUACUGACAGUACAUUGCAUUUUCCCCUUGUGCAUUUUGCAGUUAAUAUUAUAGCUGGGGCAGUUCAUAAAAUGCACGACUCACUUACCGAACUGAUCUCUGAAAAUAAAACAACUGGCCAUUAUUAUAAGCACAAGCUACAUCUCUAUUUGAAAAACUUACGAUACAAAACAUUAAGGAAUAAAACCAAAAUAUUUAAUGAGAAUGGAGAGUUAAUCAGUGAAUACUUAAUAUAUAAUUACAUCAUGGAUUCGGGAACACAUAUAGUUGUGAAUUAUCUUGGAGUGUUCAAUCCCUGGGAAAUGUCUGAUCAGAAACUUGAGAUCAUAUCCUCUGAUAUACGCUGGAAAACCAAUGACAGCAAGAUCCCAAGAGCUCAGUGUUCAGACAAGUGUCUCCCUGGAUUCAGAAAGGCCCCGAGGCCUGGAGUCCAGUCCUGCUGUUAUGACUGUGUCCCGUGUCCUGCUGGAGACAUUUCUACCACAACUGACAGUGAAAGAUGUGCACGAUGCCCAGACAAGGAAUGGCCCAAUGAGAAUAAGGACCAAUGUAUCACCAAAACUGAAGAGUUUCUCACAUUCGCUAAUGAUAUGAUGUCUGUGUUUUUUUCAACUAUCUCAGUUUUGAUUUUUCUUGUAACUCUACUAAUAUUAGGAGUUUUCAUCACAUACCGUGACUCCCCCAUUGUGAGAGCCAACAACAGGACUCAGCUUCUCCUCCUUGUCUCCAUCAAGCUGAGCUUCCUCAGUGUGUUUCUGUUCCUCGGUCGCCCUGUGGAUAUAACCUGCAUGCUGCGUAUCAUCACUUUUGGAAUCACCUUUUCCAUAGCUGUCUCUUCUCUCCUGGCCAAGACUAUCAUGGUUUGUGUUGCUUUCAAAGCCACCAAGCCAGGGAGCACAUGGAGAAAAUGGGUGGGAGCCAAACUGUCCUAUUCUGUAGUCUUGUUCUGCUCAUCCAUUCAAAUAAUAAUCUGCAUGACUUGGUUGGCCAUUUCUCCUCCCUUUCAGGAACUGGACCUUCACACUUACCCUGGAACCAUCAUCAUUCAGUGCAAUGAGGGCUCAGCUAUUGGCUUUUACUCAGUUAUUGGGUAUAUGGGGCUUCUGGCAGCUGUUAGUUUUGUUUUAGCAUUUUUAGCUCGGACAUUACCGGACAGUUUUAAUGAGGCCAAGUACAUCACUUUCAGCAUGUUGCUCUUCUGCAGUGUUUGGAUCACAAUGAUCCCGGCCUAUCUGAGCACCAAAGGCAAAACCACUGUGUGUGUGGAGAUAUUUGCCAUACUCACCUCAAGUGCUGGACUUUUAGCCUGUAUAUUUCUGCCCAAAUGUUACACAAUUUUGUUCACACCUGAAAUGAAUACAAAAUCUCAUUUACUUGGAAACAGAAUUGGAUCUGUUAUAUUGCAUUGAAUUAUAGUUGUAUAGUUAAUGA